CGUCAUCACGCGGCGCCGCACUCCUGCUUCUGUUAUCAUCCGACUGGAGAAAGCCUAUGACCCUGAGGAAGUGACAUUAUUUGACGGAGGAGAAGCUGACAGUGAUCAAGGAUGGGUUCUGUCAUUGCUGUGUCUCAUUUCAGAGGCUUCAUCCUCUGAAGGAUGCAGAUUUCAAAGAGACUUCAUGGGACUCGUGAAUGUGUAAUUCUGAAGAUGGCGUUGAUUAAAGAGGAGCGUGAAGACGUGACGAUUGAAGAAGCUUUCAGAGAUGAAGAUGCCGAGGAACAGACAGAUCUGCUGGUGCUGAAGGAAGAGACAGAAGAUCUGGAGGACACUAAAGACAAAGAGCCGUUCGGGAGAGAAGAUCUGGAGGAAGAGAAAGACCCGUUUGGAAGAGAAGAACUGGAUGACACAGAAGAGAAAGACCUGUUAGAGGAGCAUCAGGACUUCACCAGCGCAGACGCAGCAGCUGAGGAGAGUGUGGACUCCGUCAGUUUGUGCUGUCCGCAGUGUGGGAAGAGCUUCAGCAACAGGGGGAACCUGAAGCUGCACCUUAUUGUCCACAGCGGGGAGAAGCCCUUUGUCUGCCGGCUGUGUGGAAAGAGUUUCUCCAGGAAAGGCAGCCUGAAGACGCACAUGAGCAUUCACAGUGGUGAGCGGCCACACACCUGCUCGCAGUGUGGACGCACCUUCAACCUCAAGGGGAACCUGCGGGCUCACAUCAAGGUGCACACCGGCGAGAAGCCCUUCACCUGCGCAUGCUGCGGAAAGAGCUUCACACGCAGAGAUAUCCUGAACAACCACAUGACCAUCCACCUACGGGAGAGCUGUCUGACCUGCCACCAGUGCGGCAUGAGCUUCAUUAAGCACACCAACCUGAAGGUCCACAUGAGGAUCCACACGUGACGGAAGACUGAGACCAUCGAAAAGACUUCAGAGAUGAAGCACCACUUUAUACAGCUGUGGAAACCAGACAGAGAUGCCUCUGAACACAGUGCUGAGCUCAACAGUGACUCUGAUUCUGAACUCUUGAACUCUGAGUUCUUGCACUGGUCAGGUGUUUUUUAUCAGAUGCUGUUGGUUUGGACAGCACUGGCUGAAGAACGGCUAGACUGUUCAGCUUUAUCAGUGCUGUGUUUACAGCAGGGUCAGACAGUAACAAAAGUGUGGAUGUAGAGAAACACUCUUCAUUUGCCUUACAGACACUCCAGUCAAUCACUUACAACUGCCAGAGUGACACUUUCCUUUUCUGGUUACAAUUAAAUGUGGCUGUUUCUAGACCACAAACCCCACCACAUGCUCUCUGGCUCUUGACAUCUUGCAAAUUAUUAGCCAAUUGUGGGAAACUCACUUACUUUCCUUUGCUUAGUCCCUGAUUUAUCAGGAGUCACCAGAGAGUAAUAAACCGCAUAUGAUUGAUGUGGCACAUGGCCUUCCAGCUGCAACCCAGUGCCGGAAAACACCCGUACACACACACACUCAUUUAUUCAUCACUAUGCUGAAUGUGUUGGACUGUGGGGGAAACCGGAGCACCCGGAGGAAACCCACGCCAACACUGGCUGAAAUGCCUCCUGGCCCAGCCGGAACCUUCUUGCUGUGACUCGACACUGCUCUGAACCUCUAGAAGAAUAAUCUAAUUGGUAAUACUGUAAGAAAUCUCCUUGCUCCGCUAAACAGCACUUUAUUUAAGCAGGAGGGCUGAUAAUUGAAAGUCUUCAGCUGCACAGCAGCAUAAUAACAGCCACCUACAAUAACAGAACGCAGAUUCUAGGUGAACAGAACAGCAGAUGUUUUAGGGGCUGAUGAAACUGAACAAGCUUUCUGUUCUGAGAACACCAGAUGCAUCACACUGCGUUUAAGCCAUUUGGUAAAGAAGUGCAGUGCACGAGCAUUGAUAUUCUUAUUAUUGUAAUAUUUAAUAAUGUUGUGAUAUUGAAGAUUUGUGAAAUCGUACAGCUCUGGAUAACUGAAAACAAUGACCACUAGUCUCUCCUUCAUCUUCAGAAGUCUCCGUAGUCGUUUUAAUAACACAAACACUGCAGUCACCUCAGUGGAAAACCCGCCUCUGCUUUCAUUUGAUUGGAGAAUGAAAAGACGUGACUGAUGUAGCGCGCUUUUCUACGCUAAGAGUUUCCUUCUUUUCAACCACUAGAGCAGUGCUGGUCCAGAUAAAAAUUAUUGAGCCCACUGGUGUAAAAACAGUGGAAAAAAAGAAAUGUUAAUAUUUAAGUGUAUACAUCUUUAUUAACUGUAACAUAUUUAGCCUGUAAUACACAUGUAAACAUAUUUACUCCGAUUUAAACAAUUGUGUUUGCAAGCCAGAAAACGCUCAUUUAAAAGAGUAAAGUGUAUAAAUAUGACAUAUACAAAUAAAACAUGAAUCAAA